AUGAGGGAUUGUAUGAAAAAUACAGAUCUAAAUCCUAUCAGGGAGCUGAUAAUUUCAUUACACAAAAAAAAUUUAAGUCAAGCUGAUAUUUGGAGACGCCUAAAUGAUAUAAAAGUCAGCAAAUCAUUGAUUAGUCGAACAAUUUCUCGUUACAAAACUACUGGGCAAACAAUUCCAGCUAAAACUAGAAAAAGAAAGCGCGUCAAGCGCACUCCAGCAAUCAUCAAAGUGGUAAGAGAACGUUUACGAAGAAAUCCUGCUCGCUCAGGUCGGCAGCUAGCUAAAGAGCUGAACAUGUCAUAUACCUCUAUGCAAAAGGUUAUAAAAUUGCCGGCCUCACUGACAAAACAAAAAAUUGCCGGCCUCACUGACAAAAAUAAGGUGGAAAGAGUCAAGCCUUGCAAAUCGCUAUUGAAGCGGCACGGUGGUGCAGAUAUUGUUUUUUCGGACGAGAAAAUGUUUACUUUGGAGCACCCGUUGAACAGACAAAAUGACAGAGUUUAUGCUGUAAAGCUCUCUGAUGUUCCUUUAAACGUUAGACCUGUCCCUCGUUAUCAGAACGCUUCGGCGGUCAUGGUAUUCGGGGCCAUCUCAAAAAAGGGGAAAUUUCCUCUGAAAUUUAUCGAUAGAGGGGUGAAAAUCAACAAAGAAUACUACUUACAGAAUGUGAUCAAAGAUUUGAUUGAACCUAAGGCUAAAGAAAUGUAUGGUGAUGAUCCAUGGGUGUUCCAGCAAGAUUCUGCCCCUGCACACAAGGCUAUUGUUGUUCAAGAUUACUGCAAGCAAAAUUUCCCAGAUUUUAUCGAUACCAAAGAAUGGCUUGCUUCGAUUCCUGACCUCAAUCCCCUUGAUUUCUUUGUCUGGGGAUACAUGCUACAAGAACUGGGGAAGCAUAAAUUAACAACUUUGGACCAAUUCAAGGAACUUUUGAUCGACAUUUGGGACAAAAUGCCACAAGAAACCGUGCGUGCCGCGUGUGAAAACUUUUUCAAGAGAUGUCGAGCCUGCAUAAAAGCAGAGGGCGACAGGUUCGAAUUAAACCAAUAA